UCCUUUAUUCAACCGUCUGCCUGGAUCCUACUACUCUUUCCUUCUUACUACAGCUAGCCUGUUGUACAGUUUUAUUUUAUCAAUUCAUCAUGAUCUUUACCAACCUUUUGUUCUUUUCAACUCUUGCUUCGGCAGUUGCAGUCCUGCCUGCAGGUCUUGCUGGAACCAGCUCUCUCAGCACACUUGACAAGCGACAAUUCAAAGACGUUGGGUUAUGCGGAGAUGUCCAACACUGCGUUGGCUGCUGCCAAGAAGGGGUAUGCUGUACCGAGGCCAGUUGCGGAUGCUCGUAAUAGCUCUCGGGCUAUAUUCUGAGACAGGCCAAGCAAGCUCUUUUAGUCAAAGG